CUUCGCAGAGGAUGUCCCGCCCGCUCCCCUCAGACUGACCUGGCUCUCACCUUCCUAAGAUAUGCCUGCUUGCCCCCAAUUUUUUUCUUCUUGCAGUGAGAACGUCCUUAUGUGGCAUCCUUAUUUAUUCUCCUCUUGGGAAAUCCAUGUGAUCUUCCAGCGCUGAAAGUGUUUCCACGUUUACAGGCGACUUAAAGGCAGCCCUGAACCCAUGACGUAUAAUUCGGGCGCCGAGGCAGAAAGGACCCAGGCUUUUUUUUUUUUUUUUUUUUUUUGACGUCCGAUUCCGUCACCUCCAGGUUGAGCCGGGCUGGCGGAAGAGGCACGUGCUCUGCUCAAUGGAGCUGGUUGCGGGUUGCUACGAGCAGGUCCUCUUUGGGUUCACUGUACAUCCGAAGCCCGAGGUGUGCGGCGACCACGAGCAGCAAUGGACUCCUGUGGCUGACUUCACUCACCAUGCUCACACUGCCUCCUUGUCAGCAGUAGCUGUAAAUAGUCGUUUUGUGGUCACUGGGAGCAAAGAUGAAACAAUUCACAUUUAUGACAUGAAAAAGAAGAUAGAGCAUGGGGCUCUAGUGCAUCACAGUGGCACAAUAACUUGCCUGAAAUUCUAUGGCAACAGGCAUUUAAUCAGUGGAGCGGAAGAUGGACUUAUCUGUAUCUGGGAUGCCAAGAAAUGGGAAUGCCUGAAGUCAAUUAAAGCUCACAAAGGACAUGUGACCUUCGUUUCUAUUCACCCAUCUGGCAAGUUGGCCCUGUCGGUUGGUACAGAUAAGACAUUAAGAACGUGGAAUCUUAUAGAAGGAAGAUCAGCAUUCAUAAAAAAUAUAAAACAAAAUGCUCACAUAGUGGAAUGGUCCCCAAGAGGAGAGCAAUAUGUAGUUAUCAUACAGAAUAAAAUAGACAUCUAUCAGCUUGACACUGCAUCCAUUAGUGGCACCAUCACAAAUGAAAAGAGAAUUUCUGCUGUUAAAUUUCUUUCAGAGUCUGUCCUUGCAGUGGCUGGAGAUGAAGAAGUUAUAAGGUUUUUUGACUGUGAUUCGCUAGUGUGCCUCUGUGAAUUUAAAGCUCAUGAAAACAGGGUAAAAGCCAUGUUCAGUUUUGAAAUUCCAGAGCAUCAUGUUAUUGUUACAGCAUCGAAUGACGGUUUCAUCAAAAUGUGGAAGCUUAAGCAAAAUAAGAAAGUUCGCCCAUCUUUACUCUGUGAAGUAAACACUAACGCCAGGCUGACAUGUCUUGGAGUGUGGUUAGACACAGUGCCAGACACAAAAGCAAGCCUUCCUCCAGCAGCAGAGCUUUCUCCUGUAAGUAAAGAACAGUCCAAAAUCGGCAAAAAGGAGCCUGGUGACACAGUGCACAAAGAAGAAAAGCAGUCAAAACCUAACACAAAGAAAUGCGGUUUAACUGGUGACAGUAAGAAAGCAACACAAGAGAGUAGCCUGGUAUCAACCAAGAAGAGAAAAACGGUAGAAGUGUUGGAAAAGAAGAGGAAAAAGAAGAAAAUGAAAACAAUGCAGUGAAUCCCAGGUGUCUCCUAAAAGAACCCUUAUAGAUGGAAUCAUUCUUGAUUCUAUCUCUAUGGAAUCAAAUCAGAUGUACCUUAAUUUUAUUUUUUCCCCUGAGUAAAAGCAAGGAAUUUCUUCCUUUGAAGAAAAUAUACAUAUUAAAAAGCUACUUUUAGGUUUUUUUUUAAAAAAAAAAAACUGGUAAAAUUACUUUUGGCAGACAGUGUUUUGUGAAUUAUGUAUCAUGUUGAUAUAUAAUAUGUUAAUGUGUCAUGUCAUUUUUACUUGUACAAAGCAAAUAAAGAUCUUUCUCAAAACAUAAUAUAAAAUAAUAUAAAAUAUUGAACACAUUCUU